AUGAACACUACACCAAAGCCCUUGUUUUCGCUGAAGGAAAUAACACAACAACCUGAAAUAUUGGUAUCGUUCGCAAAGCCCGGGUCUCCCGUAAAGUCGUUCGACGGGCUCUGCGGAAACCACAUUGGAGAGGUGUUAGUUACUUCGCCUAACAUGAACGUCCUUUAUACACCCCCGCUGAACGAAUGUCGUGUUCGCAUGAGAAAACAUAGACACUUUGGCUACGAUGAUCCCCUGUUCUUCCCUCAGCCUUUCUCUCGACCAGCUGCACAUCUUGCAGUGAUUCGCGUACCACAACCACAUACAACGCAUCCCUUCUCCGUCGCUUGGAUGGUCCCUGAUGAAAGCCAUUUUGUCGCGAGUGAUGACACAUUCUGUGCUGGGUUCGGAGUCCUCCAGAACCACAUUCGCUCGAAGCUGGUUGAUUUGAGCAAGUCCGUAAUCGAUAGCCUUCCGGAGAAUCGCAUGGAAGAUAGUUAUAUGCGACCAGGCCUUGAACAGCUUCGCAGGCUUCUGGAUCGACUGGAACUGGCUGCGCCCAAAGAUGAGGUUUUCCUCCGUUUUAGCUGCACUCAGCGUCAUAUUCUGGAACUGGAUGCACGUGGCCGAUGGGUUUCGGGGUUCCGAGAUAAGUUUGGGGCAGCUGCGCGUCACCGUGUGGAUAAAAUGGAUCUCGCAGGCGAGAAAAUCAUGGGCGCCUUUACAGACGACUUGGACGACCUAGAAAGCCUCUUCCAGAGUAAUAUACCAGUUUGGUUCGUUCGCCGUUUAACUCGUGCUGGAGAAGCUCGAAUCGAUAAGUUGGGAAAUUUCAUCUAUCCCUUCCCGGACGGCACAAUUCGAUUGCACAGCGACUUCGUUAUCGAUCUUUCCGACGCAACGCCAUCACAUCGAGUGGUUUUUACAGGUCUAGCCCGAAAUCCCGAACGAUACAUUGCGAUGGCUAACUAUAUUGCCUCCCUUUUUGAGUAUCCUUCAGUUUUAGGGACUACACAACCUCGGAGCUCGACUUCGCUGCAGAAAGCAGCCUUGCCUCUCACUCCGGGCAUGCCCAUCAGGCAUCCGUCACAAGCCUCUAAAGCUCGAUCAACACCCUACCCGAAAGGCAAAGGUGGCAGAGCAAAGCAGCCCAACACGGCCAACAACUCCUUCCUCACUCCUUCCAGUCCUCUUAUGCCAUCGUCAAUCGAAGCCUGGAAGGUCUCUUUGGAGGAUAUGUCCGGGCACAACCAAUCUCUCCCUGCGCCUGAUGGUGUAAGUCGAGGUUACGCUCUUCCACCCCCAGACAUGUUCAUUACAACCGGUAAUGAACUAACGGUCAUCAUCCUCUUUCGCAACUGGCUCAAGCUCAGGAAGAUCUUUGUCUAUCGCCUCUCGUCGAGCGGAGACCGUUUUUCUAAGAAGCAAUGGAGGCAGAUGCUCACCUUGGAUGAGGGUAAGGAAAUACGGGCCGAUACUCGCACAGGACAACAAAAACUUGAAACACAGAAGCUAUUACAGGAGAUAAUGGGCAAGUGUGUGUUCGAGAUCAAGAAUUUUGCAUCGGCUCUGGUUAAAUGGAGAAAUCACGCACUGGAUGGAACUAAGAUGCCUCCUAAAGAGGUUGCGAGGGAGAUCCUCUGGGAACUUUACGAGCUGAAUUUCCGUCAAGAUUUGGUUGCUUUGGACGACCAAUUGGAUGAGAGCGGGAUGUCAAGAACGGACAGGUGCGCUGUGGUUGAGGCUUGCUGGAUUGGAAUGAGAGAUCAUGCCGACCUCGCUAAAGCCAAUGACGGAUUUGGCUCCUUAGAACCACAGAGACGCAUGAAGGUGCUCAAGGGGCUACAUCGACUGAUGACUACAUGGCAAGGAGCGAAACCCGCCGUCCUUUUGAGUCGAUUUCCAGAGGACUCUGACAGUCAUAACUUGAAAACUCAGCUAGAUCGAAUUGAGCGGGACCUCGCAUAUCAUUAUAGUAGAUCUUUUCUUGAAGUGUUUGGUCGUGCAGCGUCAAUUCCUUACAGAUUACCUAGAGCCAGGGUAUUUUCAUAA